AUGUAUGUUCAAACGAAUAGUGACUUUACAUGGUUCCGCCUUGGUGUGCGGCCUGCUUCCGUCACCGCCCCCAAAAUCCGGCCAUGGAAGGAGACCUUGGACUUGGCCCUUCGGCCGGAAGCGUCUCUGUCGGCCGCUGCACUUCGCGAGGGCUCCUUCAAGUACAGCCUCCCAUCGCUCAUCGAGUUGAGUGAGGAAGCGGAAAGGCUUUAUCGAAAGGGUCGACCACGGCGUGAAAGGCAGGAGCAGCCCUGGUUCGGCCGGAAGGGUGCGGUUUUCAUACCCAAGUCUGCUGCUGAUCCCAACGACUGGCGAUGCAGCAAAGCCUUCCACUUCUGCAGAAAUAUGCCGGUGUGGCAGCCUGGGAAGUUGGAAGAUUGGGAGAUUGUUGUGCCGACCGACGAACAAGUUGCUGACUUUGACGUAAUACAGGAACUUUGCGGAGAAGAGGUGAACGCAGAGAGUUUCGAGAAGGGCCUGCGCAAUCGCAUGUCGAGAAUCGGCAGUGUGCUCAAGCAGGCUCAGAACGCAAUGAGCUCCGGCUUUCGGCAGCUGUACGGCCAGAAAGUUUCUGAUGCGGAGAGCUUGGCAAAGGCGAUGGACGGCAGCGGAUGUGGUGCCGUGGAUGCUUGUGCUUCGUCUCAAGCCGUAGAGAACGAGUGA